GCGCAGGUGACCGGCAAUGGCUGGCUGCCCAGGUACUCGAGGGUGCGAGGGGGCAGCCACAAGCACAGUGGCAGGACACGCAUCUCCAAGCCAGGGAGGGUCCCGGUAGUGGUGUGUCCUUGGUCUCAGGGUGCAGAGUGCGGAGAGGGGUUCGAAGAGGCAUAUGUCACACCGGCUCUGGGACUGUUUCCUAGGCCUGCCGGAUUUGGGGAAGCCAUGGCCAGUGUGUGGCCACUGACAGGUGCUGUGCUCAUGUGGGACCAGGACAGGACAGGACAGGACGGGGGUCCUGUUGAAAGAAUCUGGCUGGACGCUGACUGUUUAUGAAGCUCCCUCCCGCUGUAGGCUGGGGGUGGCAGAGUGGCAGGGACUGUGGAUUUGGGGAGCAGAAGCCUGGGUCUGAAGCAGAGGCUUUCCUUGGUGCGCCUGCUGCAGCUCCCGCUUGCCGGAGGGCUGAACUCAUGGAUGGGAUGGAAGCUGUUAUGUAACAGGACCACAAGGCUCGAAGCCCUGCGUUCCUAGGAUGCCACAGGCAAAACACGCGCGAGGGAGGAGAGAGGAGGGCGUGGACCACGGGGCAGACCUGGUGGCCAGCACCAGUUGUCUCCUGAGUCCUGCCUGGGAACCCCAUGGCCAGAUUAGUUUGGGAGAGAAUCCUGAUAAAUCUCUCUCCAAAUCUCUUCUGUUCCCAGACUUCAGGGGUCACCCCCAGGUCCCCAGGGCUCCAACUCCUCCUUGCCUUUACAGGGGCCCAUUGGCCUCUGCUGCCUGAGUCUGACUUGGGUGCCUGGGGUGUCCUCUCAGGGGACCUUUCUCAGGCCUCCCUCUCAUCCUGCUGUGCCAGCACCUGCUACCUAGCAUCACCAGGUGGCCCUGGUGGUCCCUACAGGACUUCCUUCCACAGGAUGCUCUCAGCCCAUUCCCAAACCAGAGCCAGGAGACAGACCCCACAGCCCCUGGCCUCCCUUCACCCCUCUGGCACCGGGUGUGGGUUUGCUUGUGCUAAACCAGGAAAGGAGGGUCAGCAGGUUCUGUUCCUAAGGACACAUUGCCCGAAUGGGGAAGGGGGUUCUGGGAGCUCAGGGCAGGGGCUCCUGAGCUCUCGCAUGCAGCUCUGGGCUCAGGCCCCUCCAAUCACACCCCAUACUGUCAAAUGCUGGGACACUCCAGGCCACCCUCCAAGAUGAGUGUCACAGAAGGCGCUCCUGGGGCCUCCUAGAACUGGGGACACCAGUUGUUCACCAGGAGAAGGCCACCUCCUCAGGGAAGCCCUCUGCAACUCAGCCCGAGGGAUCUGCCCCCGUUUGGAGUCCACACCCACAAACAAGCCAUAGCUGACUUUUUUGGCAUCUCUGAGUGGCCUGUGAGGGUUGGCAGAGCUGAGCACCUAUCCAAAAGCUAAGGUGGACGGUCCCCUCCUUGUUCCAGGAACCCAGGAAGGGUGGUGCAGCCGCUCCUGGCUCCCCUCAGGUGUCCCAGGAUGUCCCCCAGCACGCACACGAAGGGUGAGGCUGCCAGUGCGGUAGGGAGGAUUCUCAGGGGCGACUCGGGGCACUGUUCCUCAGAUGAGGAUAACAAGGCCUUUGAAGUGUGGCAGCAGCUGCCAGGCUCUGGCUCCCAGCUGGUCUGCAGAGCCCUGCAAUAGCCGGAAAGUCCCCCUCCCUCACUGUGGAUGAGCGAAGUCAGGGCCUGGCACAUAGGGGACCGCCCAAGGUUUCAGGCAGAGCUUUGCCGAGCACUGGCAAGCUGUGGCCGAGAAUUAGUUAGUCCAGCGUGGCUGGGCAGGUCCAACGGGUGUGGGCCAGUCUUGGGUCACCUCCUGUCCCUUCAUGUGGUGUCUCACUGAGGGUGAGAAGCAUGAGGUCCCACGGGACUGACAGAUGCCUGCAGCCAACUGCUAGAUAAAAUGGGGGGAAGAGGGUUGAAGAGCCACAGGGGUCACAACGACCGCAGCACAUUCUUGCCCCCUAAUCUGCGAUCAGUUUCCCAAAGCCGCCCGAAUCUCCAGACCAUUUGUAAACACAAAUGUCUACCUGAAAAGCAAUAGACCUUGUUGAAAAGAGGGUAUAUCCGCCACACAGAAUGAUUACGGAAUUACUUGCCAUUGGGGACCAUGUACUUAAGUUGUUGUUGAAGCAGCUUCUCUCCCAUCUCCCACUGCUCUGACUUUGGGUUUGAAUGGGAGAAAGAUGACAGAGACCAGGUGCUCCAGAAAACAGGGAUGCCCUCAGGCCCGCGUGCCCUUGCUUUGGUGGACUUCCUGCUGCUCCCGUCCAGUGGAAGGGGGCAGUUAUCUCUUUGGAGGACUGUUUACAAACUCCCCAUUUUCUCUUCUUUCACUUGCCCCGUGGCUGUGCUUCAGCACGCAUUUAGGUCACGUGCAGAGCGUAUCUCGCCUCCUGCGGGAGGGAAGUGUACUGGAAAGCCGUGCGGAGUGUGUGAAACUCCAGGUGUGCUCUCUGCUCUCUGCUCCAUGCAGUCUCUCACUCCACUUUCAUUUUCUUUCUUUCCUUUUUUUUGACAGAGUCUUGCUCUAUCGCCAGGCUGGAGUGCAUCAGUGGUGCAAUUUAAGCUCACCGCAACCUCCGCCUCCCGGCGGAGAGUUCAAGCAAUUCUCCUGCCUCAGCCAUCCAAGUACCUGGGACUACAUGCCGCCACCAUGCCAGGCUAAUUUUUGUAUGUUUAGUAGAGACGGGGUUUCACCACGUUGGCCAGGAUGGUCUUGAUCUCUUGACCUCGUGAUCCGCCCGCCUCGGCCUCCCAAAGUGCUGGGAUUACAGGCGUGA